AGGGAGGUGGUGGGAGAGGGUGUCACACUGCAAGGACAGGGAAAGUGCUGGCCUGAAAACCAAAAAGCUCAGGUUUGGUAGCAUAAAGCAACACUCCUGACACCUAGCCCAGGGCAUUCCCUGCCUGGGCAGGACACUUGGCUCCCUUUGCAUCAUUCCGCAGCCAGCAGGAAAAGUGGAUCAUGGGUAUGGACCAGAGCCAAAAGAUUGAGGUGCAGGCAGAGAAUUUCUGAGAGCCACGAGCUGAUGCAAGUCCUCAUGGGAACAUGUGAGAUAACCAAGUAGCAAAAGGCACUGGCAGAGUCCAGGCAGGAGCAGUGCAGCCACAGCCAGGGCAGCAUGGCAGGGCUCCACGUCUGCUCCCUUCUGGUGACCGGGGCCAACCGAGGCAUCGGCCUGGGGCUCAUCCAGCAUUUCCUGAGGAUGCCAAACCCACCUCAGUGGAUCUUUGCGACCUGUCGGGACCCCAAGGGACAGCGAGCACAGGAGUUGCAGAAUUUGGCCUCCAAGCACCCCAACAUCAUCAUCAUCCCGCUCGAAGUCUCUGACCCCGCCAGCAUCAAGGCAGCUGCAGCCAAGGUUGGGGAGCACCUGGGGGGCUCUGGGCUCAACCUCCUUAUCAACAAUGCUGGAAUUGUGAAGCUGAACACGCUUGAUACCGAGACAUCAGAGGACAUGAGGGAGAUUUACACCACUAACACAAUUGGACCCCUGCUGAUGGGUCAGGCAUUUCUGCCCUUGCUGAAGAAGGCUGCCCAGGGCAGCCCAGGCUCAGGGCUGAACUGCAGCAAGGCUGCCAUCGUCAACAUAUCCAGCAUUGGUGGCUCCAUCGCUUCUGCCUUUGGUUGGGAGUUGAUGCAAGUCACCUCGUACCGCUGCAGCAAGGCUGCUCUGAACAUGCUGAGCAAGUGCCAGUCCCUGGCGUACAAGGAGCACGGCAUCCUCUGCGUCGCUCUCCACCCCGGCUGGGUGCAAACCGACAUGGGCAGCGCUGCCGGACACGCGCCCCCAGUGACAGUGGAUGACAGCGUGCAAGGGAUGCUGAAGGUCCUCUCCUCCCUCUCUGAGAAGGACACCGGCACCUUCCUGGACUGGGAAGGGAAUGUCAUCCCCUGGUGAGACACCACUGCAGGAUCCUGGCAGCCAGAGGUCCCUCUGGCACUGCUCCCACCUUCCUCACAUCCUCAAUAAACUCCUGCUGAGACCCCCA